CUAUAAUCAUUUUCUGACCAAAUUUUCAAAAACUCUCUCCCCUUAAUCUCUUCCUCUAAGAAUAAUUGAGUGGUUAAGGGAGAGAAGACGGAGAGUUUUUAUUUUCGUUACCGGAAAAUUUUGAUCUCCGAUGGCUUCUUCUCCUGAAUCUGCUCCUCCUCCAACAAACUCCAGCUCUUCUCCAUCUCCACCGUCUAAUACCAAUUCAACCACCUCUUCUCCGCCGGCUCCGUCUCCUCCUCAAGGAGACUCAUCAUCGUCUCCUCCUCCUGAUUCCACAUCUCCACCAGCUCCACAAGCUCCUUCUCCUCCUAAUUCCUCUAAUAAUUCACCUUCCCCACCGUCACAAGGUAGUGGAGGAGAAAGAGGAAAUGGAGGAAACAGUGGUGGCAAUGAUUCUCCACCGUCACGUGGCACUCCUCCUUCUAGGAGUAAUGGAGAUAAUGGUGGUAGCCGAUCAUCUCCACCAGGAGAAACUGGAGGCUCUCGCUCGGACAAUCCUCCUUCUAGCGGAGGUACCAGCGGAGGAAGCAGUGGAGGAGGUGGAGGUGGAGGAGGAGGAAGUAAUACGAAUACGGCGAUCAUAGUUGGUGUAUUAGUCGGAGCUGGACUUUUGAUGAUCGUUCUUAUUAUUGUCUGUCUUAGACGCAAAAAGAAGAGAAAAGAUUCCUUCUACCCUGAAUCCAUGAAAGGAAAUCAAUAUCAAUACUAUGGAAACAACAACAACAACAAUGCUUCACAGAAUUAUCCAAAUUGGCACCUGAAUGCACAAGGCCAAAACCAACAAUCUACUGGUGGUUGGGGAGGCGGUGGACCAUCACCACCUCCUCCCCCGCGGAUGCCUACAAGCGGAGAAGAUUCUGCCUUGUACUCAGGCCCAUCACGCCCGGUUUUACCUCCUCCUUCGCCUGCUCUAGCCCUCGGAUUCAAUAAGAGUACUUUUACUUACCAAGAACUUGCGGCUGCAACGGGAGGGUUUACGGAUGCUAACCUUUUGGGACAGGGAGGAUUCGGGUAUGUCCAUAAAGGAGUUUUGCCUAGCGGGAAAGAAGUAGCGGUUAAGAGUUUAAAAGCAGGUAGCGGACAAGGAGAGAGGGAGUUUCAAGCUGAGGUCGAUAUCAUUAGCCGUGUUCAUCACCGGUAUCUUGUUUCUUUGGUUGGAUAUUGCAUAGCUGAUGGACAGAGGAUGUUGGUUUAUGAGUUUGUUCCUAACAAUACUUUGGAAUAUCAUCUUCAUGGGAAAAAUCUUCCGGUAAUGGAUUUCUCCACUAGAUUGCGUAUCGCCUUAGGUGCUGCGAAAGGACUCGCUUACCUUCAUGAAGACUGCCAUCCUCGGAUCAUUCACCGUGACAUCAAGUCUGCAAACAUUCUCUUGGACUUCAACUUUGAUGCAAUGGUUGCUGAUUUUGGAUUGGCUAAGUUAACUUCUGAUAACUACACUCAUGUAUCUACUCGUGUGAUGGGAACUUUCGGAUAUCUUGCUCCAGAAUAUGCAUCAAGCGGUAAAUUAACAGAGAAAUCCGAUGUUUUCUCUUACGGCGUCAUGUUAUUGGAACUGAUCACUGGAAAACGACCGGUUGAUAAUAGCAGCACCAUGGACGACACCUUAGUAGAUUGGGCUCGGCCUCUAAUGGCUCGCGCGCUAGAAGAUGGAAACUUUAAUGAGCUCGCAGAUGCAAGGCUUGAAGGCAACUACAACCCGCAAGAAAUGGCUCGAAUGGUGACUUGUGCCGCUGCUAGCAUUCGUCAUUCCGGGCGUAAACGUCCAAAGAUGAGCCAGAUAGUAAGAGCAUUAGAAGGAGAAGUGUCCUUAGAUGCUUUAAACGAAGGUGUGAAGCCAGGACACAGUAACGUUUACGGGACAUCGGGAACAAGCUCGGAUUAUAGUCAGACAUCUUACAAUGCAGACAUGAAGAAAUUCAGACAAAUAGCUUUAUCGAGCCAAGAAUUCCCAAUCAGUGACUGUGAAGGAACAUCUAAAUUGUCAUCACCAAACGCAACAGAAGCAAUUCGUUUCGCUCCAUUUCAUUCGACGAGUGUUUUGUCUGAGAAAUCGAGGAAUAACUUUGGUUCUGAAAGAGCUUCUGAAGGCGAACGAUCUUCAAAGAACUCUUCCAUAAGAUUCACAUGUACUGUAAAGGAGAAGGGUCGCACUAGUGCGAAGAAAACUGUGGAUAAACUCCUUUUCCACAGGGGAAUUAAUGAUCCGCUUCAGAAUGAGUGGCAUUUCGAGCCAAAUCCGCUUAUCCGGGAUAGGCAUAUGAAGAAAAAACCUCCGCCUGGCAGGGGAAAGAAGCCUCGGGAUAAGAAAACAAAACGAUGGCACAGAGAAGGAAAUCCCGAUGAUGACUUUGGUACUGAUGCUAAUAAUACAUUCGAGAACAAAUGGAGAGAGCGCUGGACAACUCAAUCUCAGAAGGCCUCAUAUUCGAAAGACUCGACAUCUGGAUUUGAAUGGAGAGAAGGGUGGAGCUGGACAACUCAAUCUCAAAGGAGCAAAAGUUGGAAUAAUGAGUCUUUUGAUGAACCUUUGAACGUCGGGUCUCGGUCAGAGAGGAUUGUUCUGGGCUUGCCUCUUGAUGGUCCCAUCAAAAUUGAUGAUGUUAAGAAUGCCUUCCGAUCUGCUGCGUUGAAGUGGCAUCCCGAUAAGCACCAAGGGCCUUCUCAGGCGGCAGCACAAGAGAAAUUUAAGCUCUGCGUUGAUGCAUACAAGUCUCUCUGUUCUGCACUCGCUUGACGUUACACAUAGGCAUUGGUGCACCAUUUUAGCAUUAGUUGAUUAGGUUGCUUCUGAAACGAUUUCGAGAGAUCCACCGGCUACAAGAUUGCAUAUCAAUGUGUCUCUCAUCCUUUUCCAACAUUUGAUAACAAAAACAAGAUAUGUGAAAGAUCAUGCUAGUGCCCAUCUUUGAGCUGGUUAUAAAACAGCUUAUUUUUA